UCUUCUCCCUCCUUUCCCCUUUUCUAGGGUUAGGGUUAGGGGUAGGGUUUCUUCUUUGCCUUUUGGAUCUGAUUGAGAGAUAUCGAUACAGAGGGAGAGGGGGGCGAUGGGGUCGGCGGCGGAGUUGAUCCCGAGCUCGGCGGUGCGGGAGAGCUUCGAGACGCUGGAGAAGCAGCGGGAGCUCAUCACCAGUUGCACGGCGCUCUGGAAGGAGCUCUCCGACCACUUCUCUACUCUCGAGCGUGGCCUUCAGCUCCGCUCUGACUCCCUUCGCAGUCGCCGUGAGUCCCUUGAUGCUUCCACUAAGCGCACUCUCGACUCGCUUAACCGCCGCGAGCACUCCAUCGACACUUCUGUCCGUAUCGCGCUUGCUAAGCUCGAAGACCGCCGUCUUGCAGCUCUCCAUGCCCUGUCCUCGACGGAUUCCGCUGAGGCGGACGAUCUCUCGGCCAAACUUCGAUCCCUUAGCACGAAGAUGGAUACCGAGGGUUUCUUUGAUCUCUUAGCCUCCAAAAAGAAGGAAGUCGACGUUCUUCGCUCUGAGGUCCCUGUUGCGCUCGCUGACUGCAUUGAUCCUGCGAAGUUUGUCAUUGACGCAAUAUCUAUGGUCUUCCCUGUCGAUCGUAGGGUGGUGAAGACUUCCAAUGACUACGGGUGGGUCUGCGUGCUGAUCUUGGAGUCUUUGGUGCCUGUGCUUGCUGAUCCGCAGUUGGGGGAGUCUAGGUCUCUGGUCACAGUUGCGGUGAAGGAGCGGGCAAAGGAAAUGGCUGAUGAGUGGAAGGGGGGCUUGGAAAAGCUUGGCGGGAUCGACGGUACAAAGCCCUCUUCAGCCCAUGCGUUCCUGCAGCAUGUCGUGACUUUUGGAAUCGCUGUUAAGGAGGACAAAGAGCUCUACCGCAUGCUUAUACUGGCCUUUGCUUGGAGGAGACAAAUGCCCAAGCUUGCGCUGUUAUUGGGCUUUGAGGAUAGCAUGACUGACAUGAUAGAGGAACUGAUUAACAAGGGACAACAUCUUGAUGCAAUAAAUUUUGCUUAUGAAGCUGGUCUUCAGGACAAAUUCCCUCCUAUCCCACUGCUGAAGUCAUUCCUUAAAGAUUCAAAGAAAACUGCAUCUUCAAUUUCUGAGGAACGUUCCAGCCCUGUGCGAUCUACCACAUAUAAUGGGGGCAGGAGGGAACAAUCAGCUAUCCGUGCAGUUAUGAAGUGCAUUGAGGAUCGCAAUCUUGAAGCAGAGUUCCCCGUGCAGAAUCUCCAGAAACGGCUUGAGCAAUUGGAGAAGGUCAAGGCCGAGAAGAAAAAGUCACCAAGCCCUAAUAGUCCUGCAAAUAAGCGAACACGCGCAAAUAAUGGAGGCCCAAUGCCCCCUGCCAAGGCUGGCCGUUUGACGAACAAUGCCUAUGUAUCAUCUUUCCCAGCUGCACCCACAUAUGUCCGAUCACCCUCUCAUCAUACAUACCCAGCUGCUGCUUCUCCUUAUGGACAAGUUGGAAAUGGAGCCUAUGGAAGCCGAAGUCCACCAGCUAUCAGGGAUCCCUAUGGCUACCCAGCUGAAGAAAUGUCCCCUCAUGCUCGAGGGGCACCGUAUUUACCUGCACCCCUUCAAUAUCCACCCGUUGCACCAGCAUCUUUUGCACCUGCACCUACAUCAUAUCCAUCCCCGCCCAUGACCUACCCAACAUACGGUGGCUACAGCAAUGGCCUGGCACCAGCAUACCAGCAGGGUUACUAUAGGUAAACAGGUUGUCUGCACUUAGCCUGUUUCCUGGAAAGAUGAUAUAACAUGACUUCACCUCUUUUGUAGUGGCUAACUACAAUGGUAGGAUUGCGCGUGCUUAUCGCUAGUUGGUUUGUUUCUACUUCCUGUUUAGGUCUAAGUUGUCUCCUGCUUUCCCUUCAUGUAUGUAAAUGCUUAUUGAAAACCUAAAACACCGCUACUUAAUCCUUAUGGCUGAACACUGGAUAAAACUGAAGUCCCAGGGGCUGCACUAGCUUUGAUGUAAUCAACCUCCAGUUCUUGAAUAUUAUGACUAUGUACAGCUAAUGAAACAGCCUUUCCUUUUUCCUUCCAA